AUGGCAUCAACAGCCCUGCCCAGCCACCACCGGGCCCUCGUCCUCGAAACCUUCGAAGGAGGAUUCUCGGUCAAGACAGUACCAACUCCGCAACCCGGCGAGGGUAGCGCCAUCAUACGCAUCAUCGAAGCCGGAUUGAUCUCCUAUCAUCGCGAGAUCUACAACGGAGAGCGCAACUAUGAUUUCCCAAAGCCCAUCGUUGGGGGAUCGAGCGCCAUUGCUCGCAUCGUCGCUGUAGGUCCAGAUGCCACGGUCCUGGAACCCGGCCAGCUCGUCUUGUUCGAUUGUGUGAUCCACGCGCGAGACAACCCGGACUCUCUCUUUCUCACAGCCCUCCAUUCGGGUAACGACGCAGGGGCCGCGAAAUUGAGCAGCGGGAUCUGGCGUAACGGGGCGUUCGCAGAGUACAUGAAGGUGCCGAUAGAGAACUGUUUCCGGCUGGAUGAGAACAGGCUGUGUCGAGAGCUGGGAUACACCACACGCGAGUUGAUGUACAUUCUCUAUUUGAUGGUGCCGUUCGGUGGACUUAGAGACAUCCGUCUCGAGGCCGGUGAGACAGUCGUUGUUUGUCCUGCGACUGGGGGGUUUGGUGGUGCGGGUGUGCAAGUCGCUAUAGCAAUGGGUGCAAGGGUCAUUGCCUUCGGGAGGAAUGAAAAGGAGCUCGCCAGGUUGAAAGAGCAUAUCAAGAGAGGGACCCCGGCCGCCAACAUUGAGACCGUCAAGAUGACUGGCGACUAUGAGACCGACGUUGCCUCAAUCCAAGCUUUCGGGACCAUUGAUGUGGUCAUCGACCUCACACCUCCUUUUGCAUGCAAAUCGAAGCAUUUGAAGAGUGCAAUUCGCACGUUGCGCCGUGGUGGGCGGUGCAGCAUGAUGGGUUACGUUGAAGACCUGAUCAACUGGAACGUCAUGGCCCUGAACCAAACAUUGAAAGGGAAGCUGAUGUAUGAGAGGGAGGACAUUGUGGUUUUCAUCAAGAUGUUGGAGCGAGGCUUGUUUCCUCGGGGAAAGGAUUUCAUGGAACCCAAGGUGUUCAAGAUGGAGGAGUGGAAGGAAGCGCCUGACGCCGCGGCGGAGUGGGCAGGAGUCGGUAAGUUAGUGAUGAUUGAGCCAUGA